CCGGGCGCACGAGUUUGAGUGCUAGUUCCUUUUGCAAGCCAAGGGGUUAAUUUUUACAUUUAAAAAACGUAUACAUCUAUAUAUAUAGUAAUGUAAUUAGCAUUUUUAGUGGAGUUGACGUGCGACAACUGUUAUUACUAUAGCCACAUACAAUGCGGAAAGCUUGAAAGCUUUAAAUUAUUGGACAGCCCAGAAAACGCAAAUCUUAUUUAUUACUUGGCACCUCACUUAAAAAAUAAACAAAGCUGGCUGUUUACUGUCCCAGAAAGGCUCCUGUGCUCUGCGCUUCUCGCCAAGGACCUCCCAGAACAGAAGAGAGGCUCACAAGUGUAAACUCUCUUUCGAAAUCCUAUCGUCACCCACCACAACUCUUCUUCUUUUCAUGAUUUUGAAAGCCGUCUGUUCGAGAAGCUCCCAAUCUCUUCUUGGAAGCUGCGGAUUUAAGCUUGUCUCGUUGGGGUCGGAUCGAGGGAGGGACUGAGCUGGCUGCCGCAGAAGCAGCCCUCGCUGUAAUCGCUCGGCUCUGCCUGCUUUGGUCUGAGCUGCAGGGCAGGAAAAAUAAAACAGAGCAGCAGCAGCAGCAGCAGGACUGGAGAGCCCUGUGUUGGAGCAGUGAUUCUGCCAGGGAGAGAGGCUGGCUCCUGUCAUAGGCGGGUCGACGCUGAACGGAAACCAGUCUGACUCACGACAGCAUUCAUGAUCUGCACAGCAAGGUAAACGUUCGAUUAGUGGCAGGACCACACUGGAGGCACAUGACAUGGAGGUCAAAGGUCACCUGAUCACGUCAACAGGGCUUGGCUCCUUGGAUCCUCUCUUUGAUUCUCCGUUCCCACCCCCACCCCCACCCCCAGACCCUCAAUCUUCUGACCUGGGUUCAAAACUGCGCUCGGACCGCGUCGCUGAGCUACUCGACAGGAAAAGGGCGCUACAGAGCGCUCUGAGAUCCCGUCUCGUGGAUCUGAAGAAACUCUGUCUGCAAGAAGCGGAAUUGACUGGAGAGCUUCCUAAUGAGUACCCCCUGCAAUCUGGAGAGAGACCCCCCCAUGUCAGACGCAGACUGGGAGGGUCCUAUCGCAUCCCCAGCACCUCGAAUGCAAAGGGAGAGGAGUCCUGGCUCGAGGACAUGGAGCGCCAGUUCUCUCUGCAGCAGCAAAUCGUGGAGGCAGCCCGGCGGCUGGCUGGGGGGGCGGAGCUGGGGGCGGAGCAGCUCAGAACGAGGCGGCAGGUGCUCUCUAGCGCCACCCGCAGGCUGCAGGAGCUGGAGGAGCUGAUCAACGAGCGGCGAGUCAAACUGGGCAGGAAACCCAUGCAGAGGGCAGCCAUGCUGCUGCAAGAUGACUGCUUGCACUCGGAGAACAGCUCUGUGUCCAACACCACGGGCCACGAGAGCGACGAACCCCUCUCCAGCUCCAAGCCCCUGCCGGACCAUCCCUCUCCCCCCAAGUCUCGGCUGGGCUGGGGGAGCCCCGAUUUCAGGGUGAGCCGCCAGCUGUCCCCUGUGAAGGUGCACUAUGAAAUAAAGACUCGACGCAGCUCUGUGGCCAGCACAGCAAGCCCGAGUUGUACUCUACCACGGAGCAUCUCGAUGCUCGAUGUAGAGGGGAGGAGCAUCCCGGCCACGCCCCUCCUACCCAGGACCACCCACAGUGGCGGACAUUUUAGGCAUGACACCCCCAACGGCCUUUGUCUCAGGCAGUGGUCGGACACCCCCGAAGGACCCCUCCCCUUGCCGCUGCAAGAGGAGACGGCAGCUGUGCCGGCGGGGUCCUUUGAGCGAGGGGGCUUCCUGAACGGCGCCCGAACUCACCGCAGCAACAGCACCGAGGCCCUCCUCGACCGCUCUGCCUUCCAGGAGCCCGGGGGCAGGGGGAUUCGAGGGCCCUUCAAGAGCUCGGAAACGCUGAGGCCGCCGGAGCAAGGCAGGGUGCGGGAUUCUGUGGCCGGCAGGUCCUACAACGACAUCCUGUUGGAUUAUGUGUGGGAGAAACAGCAGCAGCAGACGGGACGGACUUGGGUGGACUUUCCAGCGGCUUCGCCCGCACCCCUUCAUCGGGACUUCGCCCCCUCGCCGACCAACCACGCGGGCUUCUACAGCGGUUUCCAGAACCGCUCCGGUGCCGGCAACGACAGCCCUUUGCUGAGGGGCCGGGGGGAGGUCCGUCGGGUCAAAGUGACCCGGACUAAAUCAUGUGGACCUUUUAUCCCUUUGCAGCAGCAGCAGCAGCAGCAGCAGCUGCUGGAUCACCAGCUCCGACACCACCGGGGAGGGAUUCGGGAUUUUGCAGAGGCUCCGAGUGAGCUGGGGGGGUCCCGUGGCAGAGGGGAGGAGUCCAGCCACGUCCUGCACAAGGCGCUGGCCCUGGAGGGGCUCAAGGACUGGUAUAUCCGAAACGCGCUGGCCCACGGCAGGGCGGGGCAGCCUCCCCAGAGCAGGGGGCAGGAUUUCGGGAGGCGGAGGCUUUAUCAGCAACCCCCCAGGCAGUCCCAGUCUGACCAGUACUGUCAGGAUCCGCACCAGCAGCUCUCCCAGUCGUUGAGCUUUCACGGGAACCCCCUUCACAUCAGGCACUUGGAGCUCUCUCUUUGUCAGGAUCGUUUCGACACUCGGCUGCAGGACAUGAGCCUGGCAGAGCCAGGCAUUGACAUGCCUUCACCAGGGACACUCGUCUGAGACGCGGGCAGAGAGGGAGCGGCAGGCAGAGAGAGAGAGGGGGGCAGAGAAGGGGCAGAGAGGCAGGCAGAGGGAG